UUUAGAUAGUUUAAUUUCUUGAGCCUUUAACCUAGCCCGUCUACUAAAAAAACAAUAUACCAAAUUGUUUGUGGGUUGUGGAGAAAAAAAGACCAUACAUGUAAAAAUGGAAGGAGAAGGAAGAGAAGGUGGCAGGGGAUUGAUGAAGAUUGAUGAGUUAUGUGAAGAAGAUGUGAUUGAUUGGUUUGAGCAAGUGUCGUCAGAAGCAGGCGUGGCUCAAUCCCGCACUCUCCGUAAGAUUCUGCAACAGAAUUACGGUGUUGAGUACUUGAAGCAAUGGCUUGGAGAUGUCAAUAUCCAUGAAAUUCCUGAUGACUUUACAUUACAAUCUCUCUUCACUUCCUUAGUCCCCCUCUCUUCCCACGCUGAUUUCGAGCCUUUCCUUCAACGAAUCGCAGAUGGCGACCCUUCUCCUUGCCUCACUCAACAACCCAUCAACACUCUCUCUUUGAGUUCUGGCACCACUGAAGGCAGACAAAAGUACGUCCCCUUUACUUCUCAUAGCGCUCAGACUACUCUUCUCAUCUUCCGCUUAGCUGCUGCUUAUAGAUCCAGGGUUUAUCCCACAAGGGAAGGAGGGAAGAUUCUAGAGUUUAUUUACAGUAGUAAGCAAAGGAAAACGAAAGGAGGGAUAACAACCGGAACCGCAACAACGCAUUACUACGCAAGUGAGGAAUUCAAAAUAAAACAAGUGAAAACCAAAAGCUUCACGUGCAGUCCACAAGAAGUGAUUUCGGGAUGUGACUACAAACAAUCAACUUACUGCCAUCUCCUACUAGGCCUAUUGUAUUCAGAAGAAGUAGAGUUUGUAACCUCAACUUUCGCCUACACAAUAGUCCAAGCAUUGAACCAAUUGGAAGAGAGUUGGGAAGAAAUCUGCUACGACAUUACUCAUUCUACACUGUCUUCAAGGAUUGCUAUUCCCAAAAUUCGAAAGGCUGUUCUGAAGUUGAUGAGUCCGAAGCCGGGUUUGGGGAGGAAGAUAAGAAGGGUUUGUGAAGAGUUAAAGGAGGAGGAUUGGUUGGGUUUGAUACCAAAGUUAUGGCCUAACUGUAAAUAUGUGUAUUCCAUAAUGACGGGGUCAAUGCAGCCGUAUUUGAAGAAAUUGAGACAUUAUGGUGGGGGAUUGCCUUUGGUUAGUGGUGAUUAUGGAUCAACGGAGAGUUGGAUUGGGGUUAAUGUGGACCCUUGUUUGCCAGCUGAAAAUGUUACUUUUGCGGUCAUUCCAACUUUCUCUUAUUUUGAAUUUAUACCACUUUUCAAACAACAACAACAUUAUUAUUCUUCUACUUCCUCCGAUACUGCCAUUCAUGAUUUCUUGGAAGGCCAACCCAUUCCUUUGUCUCAAGUCAAGGUUGGACAACAGUAUGAGCUUGUGCUUACUACUUUUACAGGACUUUAUAGAUACAGAUUGGGAGACGUAGUAGAAGUAGCAGGGUUUCACAACAACACGCCCAAGCUAAACUUUAUAUGCAGAAGAAAGCUUGUCUUAAACGUAAACAUAGACAAAAACACAGAGAAAGAUGUCCAAUUGGUAGUUGAAAGAGGGUCCCAGAUACUGAGUGACCAAAGUGGAGCCGAGCUAGUUGAGUUCACUAGCCACGCUGAGGUGUCGGACCAACCAGGUCACUACGUAAUAUACUGGGAAGUCAAAGGAGAUGUGAAUGACAGUGUUUUGGAAGACUGCUGCUCAGCAAUGGACGCUGCUUUCAUUGACUAUGGGUACGUGGUUUCAAGAAAGGCUAAUUCAAUCGGACCUCUUGAGCUUAGGAUUGUGGAAAGAGGGAGUUUUAAUAAGAUUUUGGAACAUUAUAUUGGAAAUGGAGCUGCUCUUAGCCAAUUCAAGACCCCAAGAUGCACUACUAAUCCCUAUCUUCUUAACAUUCUCAAUCUCUCUACUCUCAAAUCCUUUUUCAGCACUGCUUACGCCUGAUUGCUCCUUUUGUUGUAGUAUUUCCCAAUUUUGAAUCAGUUUCAGAUCUGAGUUUUUGUUUCUUUUUAAUUCCGGGGAAAAAAAACAUCCCAUAUUUCAUUCUAACGAAAUUAGUUCGAUUAAUUGUUGGUUCAAUAAAAAUGAAUUUCCUUUUUAUAAUGUCA